AUGAAACAAGCUCAAUCCGUUCCUUUUUCAGAUUCGCCUACGAAACAACGCCUCUCAGACCUAAACGAGGGAACCUGUCCCAGUGUAAACGUUGGGCCGACGUUACUUAACAAUUUGUAUAAACAUGUUCGAAAUGUUCACUUCUGGGGAGAGCAGGAAGUCGCGCGAUUGCAGCUUUCUUUCAAAAGCAGUAGUAGGUCAACGACUGAAUUUCCAUGUGGAGAGUGUGGUCGAAUAUUCCAUUGGAAAAAGAGGGUUGGCACGACACAACAAGGCAAGCUAAGAUCGAUAUUUACUCACAGUGCUCUGGUCAACCAAACAUCACUGCAAGCAAGUAAUGUGCAUAACGUCAACACAAGUGGCGGUCAUGUUGCGUGCCCUGUCUGCGAGCACACAUUUACAUCGAACAGCCUCUUUGCCGUUCAUUGUCCCGAAAAACACAGCCAGGAGGUUCCUGAUCAAGACUUUACCGUGAUAAGCGGUUAUCUGCAGAAUUGGGAAACCUUUCAGGACUGGAAACAUGCGAAGGAGCUUGCAGCUUCAACUCAUUUCGUAAUACGGAACUCUUUUGAAUUACCAUAUCGAAGAACGGUUAAGUAUGUGUGCCAGCAUGCUAGGGGUACAGGAAGAAGUGUCGACGUCCUGGCUUUACGUAAGCGAUACAGAAUACCGAGACGGAUUCACAGCCACUGUUCGGCUUUUCUAAAUGCAUCUCUGUUGGCCGACGGCAGCGUCGACUACUGCGGAUGCUUUGGACAUAUUGGGCAUGUUGUGACCACCGCCACUCUUCCACUCCCUCCGGAAGAUAAAAGUAUUAUAAUAGAAAUGCUAAAAUCCGGUGUCCCGCCUCUAUAG